AUGUCUUGUCUCAAUCAGAAUAAGUUGAAUAACUUUCAAUUUGCUCAAUUGAUUCUAUCAGUUUCUCAGAUCACUGAUCUUUAUCUCGGUCCUCUUUUUUUGAUUAUAUACCAACUCUUAUUCUCUACAGACAGACAAAUUAUAUUUUAUAGACAAUAUCUUUGUAUUUUCUGUUUGUCAACUCUUCUGUUUUCUGAACUGCCUGUCAACAAACAGGCCAAGAAGGCAUGCCACAGCAAGCAAUCGAAUACAGUAGGGGUUGAUUGCACCAGGGGUGAACCAAUGGAUAUUCAAAAGGAAUAA